AUCAGUGAAUACUGGGCUCUAUAUAAGAGCUUGUCUUAGAGGGACACAUUUUUAUUCUACAAAGGUCCUGAUGACAAAGAUCUGCAUAGUAAAAGGGCAAAAAUUAGCAGUGGAACAAAUCAAAAGGAUUUUCUUGAAAGAUACAACUGCUGCCAGAUUGACAAGAACUGCAAUCAUGGCUCCUAUUUUACUGAACAGUAUGGGAAAUGAACACAGCAGUUAUAUUCAACAGGUUGAGUAUGUGAAGAACCCUCACUUAGACGGCAUGGAAGAGGACAUCCUGUACCACUUCAACCUGGGCACCAAGACCCAUGAUCUGCCCCAGAUGUUUGGGGAUGUAAAGUUUGUUUGCGUUGGCGGAAGUCCUAAUCGGAUGAGAUCUUUUGCCCAGUUUAUCCAUGAGCAGCUGGAGCUGCCUGGCAACAUUGCAGACAUCAGAGAUAUCUGUGAGGGAACGGACCGAUAUUCCAUGUAUAAAGUUGGACCUGUGCUGUCCAUUAGCCAUGGAAUGGGCGUUCCCUCCAUCUCCAUCAUGCUGCAUGAGCUCAUUAAAAUGCUCUAUCAUGCUCGUUGUCGUGAUGUCAUCAUCUUUCGCAUUGGCACGUCAGGCGGAGUUGGUCUGGCUGCAGGAACUGUAGUGAUCACAGAUAAAGCUGUGGACUCUUUCUUCAGGCCACAGUUUGAGCAGGUGGUUUUGGGAAAGGUAAUCAUCAGGAGCACAGAGCUAGAUGAAGAUGUAGCCCAAGAGCUGCUGCAGUAUUCAUCAGAGCUUCCAGAUAUUCCCACUGUUAUUGGAAACACAAUGUGCACACAUGACUUCUAUGAAGGUCAGGGGCGACUGGAUGGAGCCCUGUGUUCAUUUUCCACUGAAGAAAAGUUAGAAUAUCUGAGGAAAGCCAACGAGGCAGGUGUUAGGAACAUUGAGAUGGAAUCCACUGUCUUUGCUGCCAUGUGUCGUGUCUGCAAUCUUAAAGGUACCCCAGAAGUUUACAUUGUCUGUUGUCAUCAUCGCUACUAUAACACAGAGUACCAGUGUAAGCAGCUGCAGUGGUGUGUGUGACUCUGCUGAACAGGUUUGAGGGGGACCAAAUUUCUACACCUCAUGAUAUUCUUCUGGAAUUUCAGCAGAGACCGCAGCGCCUUGUGGCUCAUUUCAUCAAGAAACGCCUUGGACUCAUCUCAUAAAAAUCUGUAAUGAAUGUCUACAGUGUACAUAAUACUGUUCAUAGUGUGUUUGUGUUAUUUAAAGGUGACAUUCACAUUCUCAAACCAUCCUCAGUUGACCUCCUAACAUUUAAAACCAAUGAACAUACACCUCAUUUGUGUAAUUUUUGUAUAUUAUAACUUAUAAAUCUAUAUGAUUUAAAUUAUAUGUAGUAAGCUUAUCAGCUUAUUGGAAAUAAGCUAAAUAAAUGAUGUGAAGUUCA